UGACGUAUCAUGUAAGGUAGUCUCACGCACCGGCUUAUCAGCCUUUCCAGCCACUGCCUCCUCUGCUUGACAGUACGCAGCUUCAUCCAUCGUAUAGCUUGUAUAUUCUCCAGCAGCCUUCCAUGCCACCGGCCGAGCUACUGCUCCGUCUAGUCCGGUGCCCUGAAGGACCGGCGAGCUAGGUACCUAGUAAGGUAGACAUUAGCUCGAUGCCUAGCGACCUCCCACCUUCCGCCACCCCGAGCUCGAUCGGGGAGCCCACCGCAGUAGGCUUCGUCAAGACUCGGCUCCCUCAGAUCCACGAUGCUUUCAAAAGUCUCCCCAGCUAUUACGAGCCGACGCUGAAACGCUUUAUUCUCAAUCCUCACCCGGCUGCCAUGCCCCCUAGCUGUCAAAAUGCGCCCCUGUCCACCAGCCCGGAUGUUGGUCAGGCUGGGCGCGUGUUGCAGGAGAGCCAGACACCGAUCGCAAGUAAUCGUGCCCGGCGAGUGCCAGCCCGGCAAGUGCUCCCAGCUUUGUGUGCCAUGAGAUUUUGGAGCGAGAUCUUGAAUGAUGCCAUGACACAAUUUACGGAACAAAACCCUGAUGCUCCUAAAAGAAUAUCAAAAGAGCCCGAACAUGGUAUCCGGGGCGCGGCAAGCUGGGAUGACAUCUACGCGAAGCUCCAACGAGCGCGGGAGAGAUUUGAUGGCGAACAUUCGCAGGGCCGAAAGGGGGCAAAGAAGGCGUACCGCUACGUUAUCAGCAGCAGCGAUGCCAUCCGUCGAGGGGUCCAAGCAAUCCCAGAUAUGGAAUACUUGUCACCUGUCAAAGCUGGAAUGGAAAUACUUCUGGAUGCGGCAAAGACAGCAACGGAAGUUCGGACCAAGGUUGCCGUCAGUUUUCAGGAGAAAGACCUCACCGAAUCGUUUGGGAAGAUUGAGCUAUUUCUUGCCACCUUUCCAGGCGACGAGAAUAUCCGCACCGCGUCCGUCGAUCUGAUCGCUUGCACAUUGAAGGCGGUGGAGCUGGCUAUUUCCUACUACAUGUCUCGCACUUUCGAGAGGUUUCGCCGCUCGUUGCCAUUGGUGGGCGACGGGAGUGGAUUCGAGGAAGGGCUUAUCACCACGAUCAACGAGAUCACGGUGAAGUGCCUGAAAAUAAAAGAAAAUGCUCUCGAGUCACACAUUCACGAAACCAAAGAGGCCAUGGAGUUAAUUCUUAGCGGGAUCGAGUCUGUCGACGCCAUGAGCAAUGCGAUAUAUGAGAUGAUGAUCGACCGGGAAGAUAGAUUGAUGGAGAAGGUGGAGAAGCUCGCAAACAUCGUGCUGGAUCUCUUCAACCAAGGGGAGAAGACAAAGGAAGCGGCCAGGGCUGAGGAAAUUCGAAUGUGGCAAGCCAUGACGGAAAGGUUUGCGAAAAGGUUCGAGUCUCCCGAUUUCGGGAUCCGCUUCAUCGCAGCUCUACCACCUCCGCAGCAGCAGCAACAGCUUCCCUGGCAUCCGCCUCAAGGGCAGCCGCCUUGGAGCCAGCCGACACAGCAACCGGCAUGGCAAGUACAGCCUCCCGAUCCAGCACAGCAACAGUAUGCAAAUCCAUACCCAUAUCAAUACCAGCAGCAGUCGCUCUGGAUGGCCGCGCCACCACCACCGCCUGGGUACUACCACCCUCCCCCACCGCCCCUCGAGCCGAUUCUGUGCAUUAGCCAGCUGCUCUGGACCCUUGGCAUAUCCAGCCCCGACGCGGACGACCUGGCGUCUGUUCUGGGGUCAGAGGAAUCCGUCAGCCUGAGGUACCGCAGCCGCGCCAAGGGCAUCAUGCUCACGGGCGAGUUCCGAGCGUGGGCCACGUCGGAAACCUCCUGCGCGCUGCUCGUCCUAGGCGACGUGACACGCGACACGACGGGGCCCAGCGCCGCGCUGUCCUUCUUCUCGGCCUCCAUGAUGCGGAGCCUGCGCGGCCAGGACCGCUACCUCUCCCUCGUCUUCUUCUGCCGCCGGCACCUCGAGGCCGGCGACCCGCACCGCGGUCCGGGUGCCAUGCUUCGAGCCUUCGUCGCGCAGCUGCUCCUACAGCUAAAGCAGAUGCAGAACGGGAUGGAGCCCAUCAUCGACGCCUUGAGGGACGGGCCUUUUACGCAGCGCGACCUCGAGGUGGGCCUCAACGACCCAGGGCUGGACUGUCUACGCCGGUGGAACACGGACAAGCUGUGUGAGCUCUUCAACUGGCUGGUGCGGCGCGUUGUCCCGCCGCACAAGACCUUGAUCUGUGUCGGGGACGGGAUAGAGGCCUACGAGGCAUCCCAGCACAUGGAGAACCUGCACAAAGUGGCGGGCUGCCUGCUCGGGCUCACAAGGGCCUCUGGCGAUAGGCCCACCGUGAAGUUCAUGGCUACAAGCCCGGAGGGAACGGCAACCCUGGAAGGCGUCUUUCGGGGGCAUGGAUCAGCCAUCGUCGAGAUGGAGACGCUCGAUUCAAGAGGCGAGGACGACGACAUGCUCGAGUUUGAGGACAGAUUGUGACCUUUCAAUGUUUCCCGUAUCCAUGUGGCAGAGAUGUUUUUAAACUUGCAGGAUAACCAGAAACAGGGUUAUCUCAAAAAGUGGUGCGUCGUGUCGAGUAGGUGUUAAGAGGAUAGCGAAGGAGACGAAACAAACGACCAUCUUGUCUAUCAAAAUCCCGAGCAUCAACAUCAAGUAAUCACAGAGACACUCGCUACGAGCAUCACGUCUCUUUCGUGGGCUCUUCUCUGCUCAG